AUGGAAACAGAUCCUCAUAGCGAAAAUAGGGCGGGACCUGAAAAUGGCCAUGUGCUGCAAGCCUGUGAAACACGACCGAUGGAUUCACUAUCAGUCCUGAGCAACGUCGCCACGGCAGCGCAGGCCCGGCACGACAUCCCGCCCGGCAGCACGCGAGCUCAAGAUCCAACUACGUAUGCUCAAAAUAGUUUUUAUGGGCCCAUCUCUAUAGCUGAGGCUUCUGCAGAGAUGAAAGGCCGAGGAAUGGUCCUAAGUACCGUCAGCUCACCGCCCAGCCACCAAUUGUUCAGUAAAAUUAAGAUCGAGAAGCCGGACUGCGAGGUGCCCAUACCGUCUUUUCACAAUGGCGCAACGGAAUCUUUCGCCUCCGAUAUGUCUGAUCUCUCAUCUCGUCAAUCAUCCUUUUCUAGUAAAGCGACGACGCCGGCUGAUAAUGAUACCCCGAGAAAACGUACAUCCGACAUCUCAACCCCUACGAUACCUCAGCGCAGUUUUUCAAACGAUGGCGACCGAUUAGACUUCAUCGUUCAACCUAAAUCGUCCAUUCCUAGAGAUAUGCCGUCUUCGCAGUAUGCAACUGAGUGCAUCGUCGCAGCAGAAAAUUCGAGACUGAAUCCCUAUGCUCUCCAUAGCGAAGAGUAUUUUCUUCUACGCCAUCACAUAUCUAACGCUCAGGUGACCACGUACCUGAAUGUGAGGAAUAGUAUCCUGCGCCUCUGGUUGCAAAAGCCCUGGCAGGGGGUUUCGAGGGAAGAAGCCGUUGGGUGUGCAAACGCUCGUUGGUUUGAUGCUGCCAAUGUGUGCUACAAUUGGCUUGUUCGCCGGGGGUAUGUCAAUUUUGGCUGUCUCGACUUGGGGCGUCUUGCGACGAAGGCGAGGUACCAGAAACAGAUCAGCAAAAGGAGAACAGUCGCAAUUGUAGGAGCUGGCAUCUCGGGCUUAUCAUGCGCUAGACAAUUAGAAGGAUUGUUCAAGCAAUACGCGAAUCGAUUCUACGACCUCGGCGAAGAUAUACCCAAAGUCUCGCUCAUCGAAGGGAGAAGCCGUAUUGGAGGCCGAGUCUACUCCCGUCAACUUAGAAGUCAGCCUCCGUCACCUAUGGGUGGCUUUGAUAACAAACGAUGCACUGCAGAGAUGGGUGGAAUGAUUAUUACUGGAUUUGAUCGCGGCAAUCCUCUCAACGUCUUAGUACGUGGCCAGCUUUGUUUGCCCUAUCAUGCCCUCAAAGCCGAAACCACAAUCUAUGAUAGCGAUGGGAAGCCGGUAGACGCCGAGCGUGAUCAGUUGAUCGAAAGACUAUACAAUGAUUGCCUCGACCGUGUUAGCGAGCACAAGUACAAAUCAGUGGCUGCGACGUUGAUACAAGGCAACCGCGAUUUGCUAAAUGAAGGCAAAGACAGCCCAAUAGAUGGGUCCAAGAGCAUCGCUCAAAGCGAAGAGAUCGCAGCCAGCCAGGCUAGCGAAUCAGAGCAAUUACAGCAGAAUGUCGGAGACGUUGUACCAACGAUACCCGUGUCCUCGGACAAACUGACUGGACGGGUGUAUUCCGAGCCCGGCGUACCUGCGGCCUCAAAAGCCUCCGAGAAGGCGGUGUCUAUGGGUUGGACGCUCAAGCAAGGCAUAGAUACGGAAAAGGACCUGGACCUUGGCCAUGCUGUCCACGACCCUGACUCAACCUUGGGUUCGGUGCUCGAUGAUGCUAUCUCCCAAUACAAGUCUUUGGUUGAAUUGAAUGCAUUGGAUCACAGACUGAUGAAUUGGCACAUCGCCAAUCUCGAAUAUAGCAACGCGACGAACCUGCAUAAUCUUAGUCUUGGUCUAUGGGACAUUGACGCUGGAAAUGAGUGGGAAGGUAGUCAUACAAUGGUCGUUGGCGGGUAUCAGAGUGUCGCGCGGGGUUUGCUCCAUUGCCCAACCCCUUUAGACAUCACAGCUAAGUCGCCUGUGAAGCGAAUUAGCUACCAAGCGGAUACGUUUGCCGGACCAGCGAGCAUCGAAUGUGAAGACGGGAAAGUGAUGGAAGCCGACUCCGUCGUAUGCACGGUGCCACUCGGAGUCUUGAAACAUGGCGAUAUCGAGUUUGAUCCGCCUAUGCCUGACUGGAAAACUCAAGCUGUUGAAAGACUAGGCUUUGGUAUUCUCAACAAGGUAGUCUUGGUCUACGAUAAGGUGUUUUGGGACUCGGAUAGACAUAUUUUUGGAGUUUUGAAAGACGCCUCGGAUCCGCAAAGCACGUCACAACAUGCAUAUCGUGCUAGCCGCGGCCGCUUCUUUCAAUGGUUCAACGUUACAAACACCACGGGCAUGCCCUGCCUGAUUGCCUUGAUGGCCGGAGACGCUGGCUUCGACACAGAGACUUCAAGCAACAAAAGCUUAAUCAGCGAAGCCACAAAAACUCUACAAAGCAUUUUUGGCCCGGAUGUGCCACACCCACUGGAGGCAGUAGUGACGCGAUGGGGAUCUGACCCUUUCACAAGAGGCAGUUACUCGUCGGCGGCGCCGGAUAUGCAGCCCGAAGACUACGAUAGCAUGGCAAGGCCAGUGGGCAACCUCUUCUUUGCUGGCGAGCAUACCAUCGGCACCCACCCAGCAACUGUCCAUGGCGCCUAUCUGUCAGGCUUGCGAGCGGCUUCGGAAGUUCUGGACAGAAUUUUGGGUCCGAUCGAAGUACCAACGCCGCUGAUCCUGCCGCGCGACUCCUUGCUCCUCCAGAAGCGGAAAGAAGCCGCCAAGGAUCCUCGUCAAGCACGCAUCGAUGCAUAUGAAACAGAGGCUUGGAAUCAUGUGCAGUCCAAAAUUGGGGAGCGGCCCGUUGCGCCAGGCAAGGUGGCUGGCAACGCGUAUCUUCUCUUCAGCAAGAUGUACUUUGACGAGGCGCGCCGGCGCUGCGAGGAGAACCGCAAGGUGGGCAGGACAAAGGCCAUGCCCAAUGAAGUGCGCGUCAUGACCUCGCGUAUGUGGAAAGAGGCAUCGGAGGAGGUCCGUAGACCCUUCGAGGAGCAGGCCGCCGAGCAGAAGCGGGCAUAUGCCGAAGCUGUGGCCAAGCACGCGCAAGAGGUUGGAAAAUGGGACCUCGAAGCCAUUGAGAUCCGGGCGGCCUAUGACAGGAGCAAUCCUUUUGCGCCGGAACUCGGCGACGCCGCGGCCGGUUCCGGAGGCCGGACGCCGCUCACGCCAAAGAGCCGUCGCGCUCGAAACGUGAGCUAUGCGGAAGAUAACGACAGCGACAUGGAGCUUUAG